AUGGUGGUGGUGCUUCUUUAUGUGGAUGAUAUAAUCUUGACGGGCAGUAACUAUAAUGAGGUUGCUCGUGUACAAGAUGAGCUCUCGCUUCGUUUUGAGAUGAAGAAGCUUGGUGAACUUGGAACUUUCCUUGGUCUGCAAAUCGAAAAUUUCAAUAAAGGGUUGUUUGUAUCGCAGAUCAACUGCACAAAGAAGUUGGUAGAAAAAUUUGGUAUGACUGAUGGAAAAAAGAGUUAUACUCCUCUCGACGUAAAUCCUAGACUUAGUCGAGACGAAGGAACAUGUCUACCAGAUCCUCGUUCUUAUCGUGCUCUUGUGGGAAGUUUGAUUUAUCUAACUAUAACAAGGCCUGACAUUGCUUAUGUAGUUGGAGUUGUGAGUCGAUACAUGCAGGAGCCAAGGAAAACACACCUCGAAGAAGCGAAGAAAAUUCUGAAGUAUAUUAAUACCUCACUAGAUAUUGGUCUACUCUACGAAAAAGAUGAAAAAUCCGUCUUGCAAGGAUAUGUAGAUGCUGACUUUGUUGGAGAUCGAGACGAUCGAAGGUCCACAUCUGGGUUUGUUUUUCUUUGUGGAAACACUAGCAUAUCUUGGUAUAGCAGAAAACAAGGAUCGGUAUCCUUAUCUAUAACAGAAGCAGAAUACAAAGCAUCAGCUCACGCAGCACAGGAGUGCAUAUGGCUUCGUAGACUCUGGGAGGAUUUUCAUGUCAAGUUUGACCAGUCGGUUCCUAUCCAUGGAAAUAAUUUGAGUGCUAUUAAAUUGACUUCAAAUCCUGUGUUUCAUACGAGGACAAAACGCAUUGAGUUGGACCAUCACUUUAUUCGUGAAAAACUACUAGAGAUAAUCAUUGAGAUGAUUGCAGUAAAGAGUGAAGAUAAUGUUCUUGAUAUCUUCACAAAAGCACUUUCUAAAGGUCCUUUCGAGAAUCUACGAUCUAAGUUGGGACUAGUUCAUCGGGCAUCACUUUAA